AGCAGACUUUUAUAGUCGGCGGAUGAGGGCGCCUCACCGCCGUUAGACACCCACAUACUUUCUCUCUGCGCGUCCAUUUGAACGGGACUAGAUGAUGAGCGCCAAAUAAGACGAAACCCGUCUACAGGAAAAAAGUUCGCUCCCGAUUCAGUUUUUCGGUGAUGUGAAAACCUCGAGUGGAGGAGAUCUUUACAGGACACGGGCCGAAGGGAAAACUGCAGGAUUCGUGCCUGUUGGAGCUCGCGCUGACCAUCAAAUGACCAACUUCUGAAAAGUCGAUCUGGGCUGUUCUUGCAGUUUCUCAGCUCGAAGCUUCGCAACAAUAUCAUGGCUGUCUUGCUCUCCUCCAACCUAUUUCUCAUACUCCUGGUUUCUGCUUUGGAUUGUCUGCCCACUCCUGCAUCUGCAUUUCUCAUUGACUGGGAUCGCACAACAUCAUCAGCUACCCUUGGACCUCACUUCACAGACUGCAUCUCAAGGGACCAGGAGACUUUCCGCUGCUGGUGGAGUCCAGGCAGCCUCCAAAACCUGUCCUCUCCUGGAGCACUGAGAGUAUUUUACCUAAAGAAAGAUUCCCCCACCAGUGAAUGGAAGGAAUGUCCUGAAUACAUCCAUGAAAACAGAGAGUGCUUCUUUGAUUCCAACCAUACAUCCGUUUGGAUCCCCUACUGCGUUCAGCUUCGUGGCCAAAAUGUCACCUAUUUCAAUGAAGACGACUGCUUCACAGUGGAAAAUAUAGUGCGUCCUGACCCGCCCGUGUCUUUAAACUGGACCCUGCUGAACAUAAGCCCCUCUGGCCUCAAUUACGAUGUCUUAGUCAGCUGGAAGCCCCCGCCCUCUGCAGACGUUGGCGUGGGCUGGAUGCGCAUUGAGUAUGAAAUCCAGUACAGAGAGAGGAACGCCACCAACUGGGAAGCACUGGAGAAGCAGCCACACACCCAGCAGACGAUCUAUGGCCUGCAAAUAGGAAAAGAAUACGAAGUGCACAUCCGCUCCAGGAUGCAGGCCUUUGUGAAGUUUGGAGAGUUCAGUGACUCCAUCUUCAUUGAAGUUACAGAAAUUUCCAGUAAAGAUUCUUCUGUCCCAUUCACUUUAGUUCUCAUUUUUGGGGUUGUGGGGGUCCUGAUUGUCAUCAUGCUGAUAGUCAUUUCUCAGCAGCAAAGAAUAAUGAUGAUUCUCUUGCCACCUGUUCCUGCACCCAAAAUCAAAGGCAUUGAUUCAGAAUUGUUGAAGAAGGGGAAACUGGAGGAGCUGAAUUUUAUCCUGAAUGGUGGGGGUGUGGAUGGCCUGCCAGCCUAUGCAACAGAUUUUUACCAAGAAGAGCCGUGGGUGGAGUUCAUUGAGGUGGAUGAGGAGGAUGCAGAAGGUGGAGAUAAAGAAGACAAUUAUAAUUCAGACACUCAGAGGCUCAUUGGUCUCCCACACAGGAAUGUAGAGGGUUUCAGCGCCAUUAGCCACCCUGACGAUGACUCAGGCCGGGCCAGCUGUUACGACACAGAUCUGCCGGAACAUUUGGCGUCCCUGCUGCCAGGCCAACCUGAGGACAACAAAACUUGCCUGGAUGCCCCAGCUUCAGAGACGGGUGAAAAGCCCCUCAUCCAAACUCAAAUCGGAGGACCACAGACUUGGAUCAACACAGACUUAUAUGCCCAGGUCAGCAAUGUUAUGCCAUCUGGGGGAGUUGUGCUGUCCCCUGGCCAACAACCUAAAAUCCAGGAGAACACCUCAGGUUCAGAGAGGGAAACACAGAAAGGAGGAAAGCAAAAUGAAGAUGUUGAGGGCAUCAAGGAGCAGAAGAGAAACGAGCCCCAGUUUCAGCUGUUUGUAGUGGUUCCAGAGGGAAGUGGCUACACCGCCGAGAACAACACCCAGCAGACCAGCACUCCUCCCAGCACUUCGGUGCCUGGGGCAGGGUACCAAACCAUACAGCCUCAGCCAAUGGAGACCAAACCUGCAGCCACAGGAGACACCAACGAGUCCCCGUAUAUUCUCCCCGAGCCUUCCCAGUCUCAGCUCUUUACCCCUGUUGCAGACUACACAGUGGUGCAGGAGUUAGACACGCAUCGCAGUCUGCUCCUUAACCCGCCUCCCAGCCAAUCUUCCUCUUUGUGCCAGCCACAGCAUCCUCUCAAAGUCCCAGUGCCUGUAGGGUACGUCACCCCAGACCUGCUGGGGAAUCUCGCACCAUGAGUGGACAGGACCAUUAGACUUUAACUACAGUUACAGGCUUAUUGGACAGGACGUCAAUAUGAAGUCACCCUACCUGAUUCCUGAUAACCACCAAAAAAACUUAAAAACCUGCAGGACACUGGAUGAAUAAGUGUGUGAAUUAACCAGAUGAUACAGAGGGGAGAUAUACAGGUACAUCUCAACAAAUUAAAAUGUAAUUGAAAAUGUUUUUUCAGCAAUUCUAUUUAAGAAGUAAAUGUAAAAAAUUAAAUAGUUUGAUUUGACACAGAAUAAUAUUGAUCAAGCAUUUGUUUCUGUCAAUUUUGAUGAUUAUGUCUUAUAGCUACUGAAAGUCAAAAAUUUGGUUUCCCUGAAAAUGUUAGCAUUCUAUAUUUUCAUUAUUUAUUGGCCUGAUGUAAUAAUUUUUUUACAAACUAAACUUUGGAUUGUCAUUGCCUUUAAUCAUAAAACUUGAGAAACAAAUGCAAUAUGUAUGUCUCUUUGUGUGUAAUAAAUGUACAUAAUAUAUGAGGUACACUUAAAUUGAAUUGCUGAAACAAAUUAACUUCUUAACAGUAUAGUAAUUUAUUGAGAUGCACUAAAAACUGCACUCUUACAUUAGUCCCCACUUAAUCGCUGAAUUUUUGGCCGAAACACACUGAGGGUAAUAACAUCACAAAAACAUCACAAGCAAAAUGCAAAGUUUGUAUCAAUGCAUGAUUGUAGUAAGUGACAAAAUACCUAUAUAUACAGUAUGUGUGAAAAAUUACCUGAGAUUGCCUUACAGUCUUAAUAUUGAAUGUGAAGUCAGUAUAUCAAUGAGGAGAAGAGAAAGAGACAGUAGCCAUGUUUUUAACUACACAGUAAUUCGGCUUUGACAGUACUUGUCUUUUUGAGGUUUAAUGCCCAUCACAUUUACUAUAUUCCAAAGUUUCCUAUUUCACCAUGUUAUACUGAUAGUACUUCACAAUAGAUAUAUUUUUAUACAGAACACGAAACGUUUGAACAAAGCAAUGCAGAUUUGAAUCUCUGUCUUUGUUUCUUUAAGAAAAUAAAAGUUUUAUCUUUUAUAGUUUUUGGUUUUAGCUGCACCAAAUGUCAAGAAUUAAACCAAAGUUAGGUUGACCACUAAGGGUCUUUUAAGGGUCACUAGGUUCCAAUCAGGAAUGCAGGGAAAUACUUGCAAAAACAAAUGCAGAUCAUUUACAUGAAAAGGAAACUAAAAUACUUGACUUAAUAAUUCCAAGAUUAAUUUGAAUAGAUUUUGUUGGACUUGUUACACUGUUGAAGUUACUUUUAACUAAAAAAAAGUAAUUAAACUAUAUGUUCACAUCAACACAGAACUUUAAUCACUGACUGUGGUCAGUAAGGGUUUAUUUACUCAGAUUUUUCUUACAUUUGGGAACCAACCUUUUGCCUAUAUAGCGUCCCUCUUCACACUGCACUAGGGCAAUAGCAUGAGAAUAACAUCCCAUUAGUAGAUAUAGCUUGAGAGUACCUCAGCUGUUUUCUCCAUGCCCCAAAUGUGGGGCAUGACUUCAACCUGAAAUAUUAUUUUGUGGUAACCUAAUAAUAUUCAAACAUUAUUUGAUGUCCUAGUUUUCAUAGGGCAGUCUUCUGCUAAUGGAAGGCAAAAGGUGGUUCAACAUGUGUCACAGAACCAGCAGCAGCCCCAAGUUGCUUAACGGUACAUUGUUUUGGUUCAUUAAACAAAAGUAAGGGGACAUACACGUUAUUAAUUUGUUGCAUUUUAAGCUUUCUGCAGAGGAACUGUGUUCUACAUUGUCAUUGCAGAGACAGCAACUGGAAUAAGUUGACUGUGAAAGUGUACCAUAGAUGUUACUAGCUUACACAGUACUUAUCUGCCCCAUUCACUAUGUAGCAACCUAUGCCUGUUGGAGUAUUAUGGUUUGUUUAAUUGCUAUGGUACUAUGCUAAUGUGGUUUAGAUUUCUGCAUAUCGGUUAACAAAAGGUACCUCUGUUUGCUAUGUAUAGAUGAAUUGAUUUAUAUCUUCUCUGUGCCAAGAAACAGUUAAAAAUCAACACAAAACAUGCAUGCAGUACAUAAAAGAACAUUCCCUAUUGUAAUAAGAUACUGUCUUUAAUGUUUCCAUUUAAAAAAAAAGAUUUUCAUUUUGUGUGCUGAAAAUUAUUUGACAUUUUACUACAAUUUUCAAAUUCAAAAUACUUAUCAGCAUAUUUUGAGCUUGGCAUUCAUAAAAAAACAAGUUGUAGACACUCAACAAAUUGGAAUCUUGUUUGCUUAGCUUCAGGCUUUUUGUAGAUGAAAUAUUUAAGGCAGUGUUUAUAAAGAAUAUUUUGCCUAAUCCAGCAUCUUCUAUUUGUUUUCACAAAUAAUGUUUAACGUAGUAAUUCCCCCACUUUGAGACAGUAAAGGCUAUACCAGUUUCUGUUCUACUCCUAAUGGGAUUCUUGAAAAGAAAUCAGGUGCCUCUUAUGUUUCAUCCCAUGUCCCGACUUAAUGAUUCAACAACAUGCUCAUCGCAAGCAUAAUAUGAGUACUUAUGUAACAUCUGUAACUUACUAUAGUGGCUGUCCGAUCAACAUUGCUUUGUGCCAAGACAAAAGAACAUCAGGACUGAUAGCCUCAAAAUGACAGAUACAUUUGAACUAAAUUACAGUAAUAAUAACAUUUUUUAAUGAUAUCCAAAUUUAUUAACCUGCACCUGGAACUUCACCGUGAACAAAACUUUCCUAACAGUUAAAAAAAAAAAAAAAACAGUCUGUGAUUUAUGCUGCUUUCUUGCCUUUCUGGACGUAAAUAUUCUGAAUAUAUGGAUCAAUGUAUUUUUUUUGUAUCAAUCGGAUCUACAAAGAGAAGUUUAAAAUGUGAAUUUGAUGACAAUAUGCCAUUUCUCUUUCAGAAAUACUCAGUUCUCUGCUGCUCCUGCCAUUAUGUGGAUGAUACCAGGCAAAAUAUGUGCUGUCGCAAAAUGUCUUAAUAUGUCUGCUAGUGCUGUGCAAAUGUAAAGGUUUAUGUCGAGGAUUAUACUUUUACACGGUGAUGCUGCUUGGUGCAUGCAUUUCUCUUUUACUCAGUUUUUUACGGCUGAGUUCAAGUCAAGAAAGAGCAGUAAUCAGUGUCAAAUGUUUUGUGAUCGUAAAGUGUGGGUUUUGUUUAGGUAUCUUGUUUGUCACAGUGUCCAGUGAUCACAGAAGGUUCUCAUUAUGUUCACAUAGCAAGAACAGAGAUUGAAGGACUUCUUUUUUAGGUAAAACUGUGAAUGUGUAACUGGAAUACACAAUGCAAUCAUAAAACUGAGGAAACGUUUUAAGCAGUGUUUGUAAUAGUGGUGGUGAGAUGAAGAAAUUAGGAGGUGCUUUUUAUUCUUCAAGCCAACUGUGCAGAUGUUUACUACCUUAAGUAUAUAUUGUUCUUUUUUGCCAUAUCGCUCAUUUCACAAUGGCAGAAUUGGUAGUUUUUUAUUUGAAGGUUAUAAAUGUCAAGGACACUUUAGAGGAAGCACUUUGUACACAUAAAGCAUAUAUGUGAUAUUUAGAAAUGGUAUUUAGAUUUUAUAUUUUUUGCUAAAUCAAGUGUGUGAUUUCUAUGUUACUACAGAAAAGCAUUAUGUUUUCUGGUCAGCACAAAAAUCAAACUUUGAGGAACCUUCAAAAUGAAUAAGCUUUGAUUUUGUUAUACAGAGUUUAUGUUUAUAAAAAAAAGCGUAUUUCACACUAGACAGAUUGCUAGAUUGUUGGAGUAUUUAAUGUUUCAUAUAGAGUUUAUAGGCGAUUAAACCAGAUAGAACAUUUAUAAAGUCAUAUUAAAUAUGUGUUGUGUGAUAUACUCAUCUUUUUAACUUUAUGUUCUUAUUUGUAUCUCUGUGUGAUUUCAGUUUUUCAUGACCACAAAGAACUUUAUGACAGGGGUGAAUUAUUUUUGCAAUGAUGCAUGUUGGCCUGCAGCUUUGAAGGCUGACUUUUGUCACUCUCUCGAGCCUGGAAGUAAUUUUGCUGGAAUCUUUGGUCGUCAUUUAAUGUUUUUGAAACUAUCAGCACCAUACCCUGUGCCGUUCAGUUUGUUAAGGAAAGUGCUUAAUUCUCCACUUGACUUGAGGAUUUACUUCAAGUCAAGUACUGAUUUGAGUAAAUCCUGUUUUUUAGUUUUUACAAUAUUCCAUGGCUCCUGUCUGUCUUACUUCCUGUAUGCCCUCUGCCAUGUGUCAUUCACCCCCCAGCAAACUGGAAGCAAACUGACAAAUUAAAAUAAUAAUGUAGUCUAAGUUGAUAAACCGGUCGAUACUGGCUUUAUUAAUUGUUAUGACUCCGUUUUGUGUUCUUUUUUUUUUUUACACCUGAGUUCUUUUUUUUCUUUUUGCAUCCGAGAGCCAAUGUUCUUGUGUAAAAACUGCUGCUUUCCCUAGGGCCAAGAAAUGUAUUGAUCCUUGAGGAUUUGUCUGUUUUGUUCUCUUUUUGGUGUUGUAUGUGCGAUCAAUAAGUUCUCAAUAAAAUAAAUAUAACAGCA